GAUUGGCAUCAGAAAUCUCUGUAGUUACACCAGUGCUUGAGAAGCGUGCUACACUAACCCUUGAUGAACUUCAAACGGAGAUAGGCUACACUCCGAGGAGGCUCAGGACAGUAUGGCUUGAUACAAAGUACAUGGUAAAAGAAGAAAGAGUGCACUCAAGUAGUAGAAUGGCAGUUCCACAAAGCAAAACAGAUGUUUCUGGUUUCAACAAUGGAUUAGGUGACCGCAUGCAGAAGAGAAGAGCUGCAAAUUGUGAAAGUUACCAAUCUGUAAUGAAGGAGACAAAAGAAAAAGGAGAGAGGAGAUUGGCAUCAGAAAUCUCUGUAGUUACACCAGUGCUUGAGAAGCGUGCUACACUAACCCUUGAUGAACUUCAAACGGAGAUAGGCUACACUCCGAGGAGGCUCCGGACAGUAUGGCUUGAUACAAAGUACAUGGAUACUGGAAGUCCUGCAACUCAAAGCAAUAUACUGGAUACAAACCAAAAGCUACAGGAUGAAAUUGCUACCCUAAAGAGAGACAUGGAAACAAUGAAACACGAGAAUUUAAUGCUGAAACAAGACAUGGAAACUAUGCAAAACGAGAAUUUAAUGCUGAAACGGGACAUGGAAACAGUGCGACAUGAGAAUUUAAUGCUGAAAGAAGAUGUGGAAAGAAUGCAAUACAAGAAUUUAAUGCUGAAACAAAUCAUGGACAGACGGGAAAGGAGAGACAAAAAAGGAGUGAGUGCUAUAAUACCACAGACGGAACGUCAAAAAACAUCAUUAAAAGAAUUGAGAGAAGAGUUGUUAAAUGUAAGUCAAGGGAGUCGGGCGGUAGCACAGCGGUUUAAGCGCAGGUUGCGCAAAGCACAAGGACCGGCAUAAGGAUCCCGGUUCGAACCCCGGGCCCCACCUGCAGGGGAGUCGCUUCACAGGCGGUGAAGCAGGUCUGCAGGUGUCUAUCUUUCUCUCCUCCUCUCUCCAUUUCUCUCUGUCCUAUCCAACAACAACAACAAUAAUAACUACAACAAUAAAACAACAAGGGCAACAAAAGG